AUGAACAGGCAGGACAGUUACAAUAUCAACAAUGGCGAGGCCGUGCAGGAGCCUGAAACCUACCAGGUGCCAAAUAUAUUAUCACAAAAUACCCCGGGUGAGCCUUCUUCCUCGAGCACCGGGUCUACACUCGAUCGCUACGAUGUACAACAACUGCGAGAAUUACCCGAGGAUGAUGGAAUGAUGUUCCUACGGAAGAAGAUUCACGCAAUCAGGGACAACAAUACAACUAGUCUAGAAAAGGCUCGAUUGAUACAUUCUCUGAUGACUGAAAGCUAUGAUUCUGCACGGAAGGUGCUCGGAGAACAUCAGGCAUCUCUACUUCGCUCUCCAUCAAGUGUGCGCAGUGUCGACCAAUCCAGAACCUCGUCGCCACAGCGAAUACGCCGAUCUCUUGACCAACUUUCUCUCGAUCGUAAAUUAUCAACGGUAGCCCUAUCCAUCAAUAAUAGCUACAACCUCACACCUGAAGAUUUAGAGCCAACCUACGCGCCUAAUGACCCCAUCAUCGCGACAGACCCCAGUAACACACCGACUUCUGACGCCGAACCGAAUGAUGGUGAUGAAACCGAUAGUGAUUAUUCCGACGAGAAUGUGAUGAUUCUAGGCUGUCAUCAUUACAAACGAAAUGUCAAGUUGCAAUGCUACACAUGCAAGAAAUGGUACACCUGUCGUUUUUGCCACGACGAAUCCGAAGACCACGCUCUUGAACGCCGAAAGACCGAAAACAUGCUUUGUAUGCUAUGUGGUCUUCCGCAGCCAGCAGCACAAUGGUGCAAGGGCUGUGGCGAGAGUGCAGCAUCCUACUUUUGUGAAGUGUGUAAACUUUGGGACAACGAUAGUUCCAAAAGCAUCUACCACUGUUAUGACUGUGGUAUCUGCCGUAUAGGCCAGGGUAUUGGAAAAGACUUCUACCAUUGCAAGACUUGUAGCGUAUGCAUUCCAAUCUCUAUCGAGAAUACACAUCGCUGUAUUGAACGUUCGACGCAGUGUGACUGCCCAAUAUGUGGAGAAUAUAUGUUCACAUCACCCGAUACUGUCGUAUUCAUGAGAUGUGGACACAGCAUUCACCAGAAAUGUUAUUCUGACUAUUCAAAAACAUCAUAUCGAUGUCCAAUUUGCAGUAAAAGUAUCACCAAUAUGGAGGCACGGUUUAGGAAUCUGGAUCGCCUUAUCGAUAGCCAACCUAUGCCAAAUGAAUUCAAAGACACAAGGGCACUGGUAUAUUGCAAUGACUGUGGAGCGAGAACAGAUGUGCCAUAUCAUUGGCUUGGAUUGAAAUGCGACUUAUGCGAGUCAUAUAACACAGCACAGAUUCAUCUCCGCAGUGGUGCCGAUGAAGUCGACGGCGAAGAUAUUAUGGUCUCACGGGCACAAUCUUUUUCCUUUAACUUACCCGAACAUACUUGUGAAUCAUUACCUGCUUCUAGCUUACUUACUGAAUCUCUCCAAAACGACCAUGAUCUGUGGCGGCCGAUGACAUCGAGCUCAGCUGAUGGCCGCCCUUCUGAAGGGACUCAACAGUCUCGUCCACAGCAAACAUCUCGUAUCGUUGGGAAUUAUUUCGACCUUUCUCGAGACUCUGCAUGGACACCUUCCAUUUUCUCCAGUCGUCGAAGUGACGAGGGAAGCGACACCGAAGAAUUGGGGUUCUGGGCCAAUUCGCCUCUACGUAAAUAUUCCUUUUUUGGAAAGCAAGAUAAAAGCGAAACCGAAAGCGACGGUGUAUCAAACGAAGAUGAUGAUGGCGGCAUAGGGGAAGAAGAAGAGGAGGAGGAUGAUGAUGAUGACGAUAUUGAUCCAAUCGAAAUCUUUGGGCAUCGUUGA